UUUGCCAUUUUUAGGUGCCGGGGCCGGGCCGGCGGGAGCAGCCGCUGCGUUUUGCAGAAGCAAAGGCUGGAUGUGUCUCCCUGCCCCGUGGGGUGAAACAUGGCUGAUCUGUGCAUGAGGCUCUGGGUGCUCCAGGUGAACCUCUGGCUGCUGGCUCUGGUCACAGGUGGGAUCUCAGCAGACAAGAACAACACCAGCGACAGCCCAGGCAGCGUGUGCCCCUCCGUGCACCAGCACCCCCGGUACGUGGCGGUCAAGAAGAACAUGCCCAUCUACUUCAUCUGCUACUCCAACAACUCCAAAAUCAUGCAGUGGUACAAGACAGCAGAGGACAGUGAGAACAUCUGUGGGCUGGAUGAUAACACCCCCCAGUACACCAUCAACAGGACAGACACCUUCAUCAACCUCACCAUCCUCAGUGCCACCUUUGAGGACAGUGCAAUCUACGUGUGUGACAGAAAGAACGUCCUGGAGAAGAAGCACCUGCAUGCGUGUGGGACACAGCUCCGAGUCUUGGGUCACAGCAGCCUCAAGCAGAUGCAGAACAGGAACACCCUGAAAGAUGCCAUCAUCAUCAUCCAGUCCAUCCUGCUUGUCAUCUUCAUCAGCAUCCCCAUACUCCUCUUGCUGGAUAAAGGUGAAGGCAAGAAAGGCCCAGAGGAGGACCACACCUAUGAGGGGCUGGAGGUGGAGCAGAUGGCCACCUACGAGGACAUCACUCCUUUCCGGGACAUGAAGGCCAAGUGGACAGUGGGGGAGCACCCGGGUGAAGAGUGAGGGGUCCUGCACCCACGGCCAGGCUGGCACCAACACCCUGCCAGGACCCUGCCAGGACCUGUGGGGGUGGAUCCCCCAGACCACAGCUCUGCCGGGCACCUGGAUCCCGGGCUGCAAUCCUGGGAUUGCAAACCACCUCCAGCAGCCCUGCCCGGGGCUGGGAUCCUGCUGCCCUCGGGCACUCGCUUUGCUGUGCACACGAGGCUGCCCUGCCCCGGCUGUCGCUCUCCCUGCCCCACUGAUGAACCCCUAAACUAGAAAUGAACCCCUGUGUAGAAAUUAGGAGCCACCUGUGAUCCCCCCAGCACCAAAAUGGCCCCACAACCUGGGCAGACCCACCACACCUGAGCAGCCCCGUACCCUGGGCAGCCCCACACCACAGGCAGGCCCAUACCCUGGGCAGCCCCACACCUUGGGCAGCCCCACACCUGGGCAGCCCCAUACCCUGGGCAGCCCCACACCCUGGGCAGCCCCACACCACAGGCAGGCCAACGGCCCAGCCCUGAGCUCCUGCGUGGUUAAUGCAAUGGAAGUACCAGGGGAAAGUGAGUGUCCUCCAGUCCCACCAUCCCUGGGAAGGAGAGGACCAGGCAUGACCCAUCUCCAGCUGCAAGGACCCUCCUGGGCUGUGAGCCCCUGCUGCAGCCCUGGCAGAGGAGCUGAGGUGUGCAGCACCAUGUGAGUAUUAUGAGGAGUGAAUUUGGGGCCACUCUUUAGCUGUCAAGUCAUGGAUGUGUCCACAGGCCAAGCUGGCAGAUAUCUGAGAUGGAGGAGCCUCCAAAAGCACCUCUUUCUCCCCAAAGACUACAAGGGAAGUUGGGGAGACAGGUCUCAGCCAAAGGCUUGCUCCUCCCCAGGCAAGAGCUGGCCCAUGUCACAAGGACAUCCCCGUGGUGAGGGACACGUGUGGCCUCAGAACCUACAGGAAAGCUGUAAAUUGUGGGACACAAACCUCCAACUGCAUUUUGAAGCCCAAAUAAAGGUAAUGGAUAAACCUCAUCCUGCUCCAUCCUGCUGUGCCCGGUCCAGGGCUGUCCCUUAAGCCUGGUGCCAGUGCCCUGGGAUGCCCUGGGAACAAGGAGCAGUUUUUCAUGGGUCCAGCUUAGCUAGAAACCAAACUUCACCCCUUCAAGCGUCACCCUGAGGGUGGGCAGGGAUGGAAAGGAGCAUCUCCAGGAUCCAAAGCACGAGAACAGGGCCCAGGGCCAGGAGCUCCACUCGUGGCUGCAUCUGGUCUUGCAGGAGAGGCUAAAAAACAUCCAGAGAGGAGCAGAGCGGUGCUAAUUGGGUUUGUUAAUAAAACUAUCUCGGCACAGCAGCAGCAGCUGCAGGGGGGGUGGGCUCAGGGCCAGCUGGGCACCUAAACCAGGGCUGGGGGGCCAGAGGGGUUGGCUGGAGGAGGCAGCACAAGGGGGUGACAAGAAUGUUGUGGCUUAAACUGCUGUCACCCUCAGAGAGCCCAGGGCCCCCAUGCCCCUAUGGCUCAACAUUUGGGCCUCCAAGAAGCAGCUGGAACUGCUCCACACCCCAAAACAGCCAGAGGAGGGUAAAAUUAUGAGCAAACAGGGCUUUUCAGAAGGAACAGGAUGGUUCUUGUUUACCAACAAACCACCUCCAUGGAAAACCACAGUUCUGUUUAAAUAGCACAAAACCAGCACUUUGAAAUUGAUUUUUACUAAUUAAAUAAAACUACCCCAAACUAGUUCCACCACAUGUAUAUAAAAGUUGCUUAAACAUAUUUUACUUAUUAAAUUGGUUUUAAAGAAAGGAGCAUUCACAGUGAGAGAAAAGAACUGGCUGUUCCUGGUUUCCAUGUUUGCCAAGAUUUUAGGAGUAGCAGAGCUUGUCCCUCCAUCCGUUGCUUUCAGUUUCCAAAUGGAAGAGGAAGGCAUAUUUUCUGGCCUUCCCAGCUCCCAGGGGGUUCCUCAGCUCUGUGUAUGCAACUAAUUCAACUGACUGAGCUGAGUAAUACAAAAAAUAAGGAGAAUCUGCUGUUUGCAGCUGGCAAGGAACCACCAGUGUCAAAAGCAGUUUCAGUGACACCAGUUCUGCUCUGCUGUUCCAGAGGCUUUGGCUUCCUUUAAAAUGCCAGAAGCAAACCAAUAUUUCUGUGGUGUCACUGGUUUAUUUUAAAUGUUUAGACUAGAUUCUAGGGAGCCUAGAGAUGUGGUUUGGCUUCAUUCUGUAUUGAGAUAGGUCUGUGUUUAAAAUGCAUUUAAUGUAAAUAAAUAUAUGUCAGU